CGACGUCCUGCACGCUGACAUUGGAGUGUUGACCUGAGUUGUGUUUACUUCUCUGCUGGUUUCCAUCACAUAUCAGAUUGGAAGGAUGGGAGCAUCCACGUCCACACCCACGGCUCCUACAGUCCAGGCAGAUGCCAUGAUGGCUACCCCUCCUCAGGGCUGCCCCAUGCACCAUGAAGCCAAGCCUGUGGCAGUGGCUCCGCCCUCAGAGUGCCCCAUGCAUCAAGCUCAGCCUGAGAAAGUGUCUCCUCCCUCAGAGUGCCCCAUGCAUCAAGCACAGCCUGAAAAACCGUCUCCUCCGUCGGGGUGUCCAAUGCACAAAGCGGAAGCAGGCCCAGCCCACCAGGACCGUGCCUACGAGUUUGUGGGGUGUCCAAUGAAAGCUGCAAAAAACAAGAGUGACAUCGAUCCAACAAAUAUGAUGCCUCCUCCCAACCAAACACCAGCUCCAGACCAGCCCUUCUCUCUCUCAGUCUCCAGAGAGGAGUCCAACAUUCCUCGUCAUGGUGCAGAGAAAAAAUGGGUUUACCCGUCUGAACAGAUGUUCUGGAACGCCAUGCUGAGGAAGGGGUGGCGCUGGCGUGAGGAUGACCUUGGUGCUCAAGAUAUGACCAACAUCAUUAAAAUCCACAACAAGAACAAUGAGCAGGCCUGGCAGGAGAUCCUGAAAUGGGAGGCGCUACAUGCACGUGAAUGUCCAUGUGGACCAGCCUUGAAGAGGUUUGGCGGUAAAGCCAAGGAGUACUCGCCCAGAGCUCGCUUCCGUCACUGGAUGGGCUACGAGCUGCCUUUUGACCGCCAUGACUGGAUUAUUGACCGCUGUGGGAAGGAGGUGCGCUACGUCAUCGACUACUACGACGGAGAAAUCAACAAAGACACGUACCAGUUCUCAAUCCUGGACGUCCGUCCCGCCUUUGACUCUUUGGGAGCAGUGUGGGACCGCAUGAAGGUGUCCUGGUGGCGCUGGACCUCCUAAAACCCUCUCGACAGCAAACAUAGGUCAACGUUUAAACGUCACACACAUGAAAGGACUACGAAUAUGAUGUUGCUCAUUUCAGCGUGUGAAGAAAAUAAAAUGGCUCUGAUGGUUUUUAACAGACCCUCAGUCAGUCUGAAGCUUUAUCUGUUAAUCAUAUUGAUUCAAGUGGAAACUAUAAUUAUACAAUUCACACUUUUAUUUACGAACCGCAUGUCUGUCAAAGGUCACAUGGUGUCUGUAACUUCCUCUCAGACUCGACUCACAUUACUGACGUUUUUCUCUCAGACUUCAGUUUUAACAGGAUGAUGUGCUUGUGAUGCCAUCACAGCUGUUGUAGGCGUCGGCAUGUUCUGACCAUCCACACUGCAGGUGUAGUUUGGUACAGUUCUCAUUUGAAUUCAUAUCUUUUUAUUUUUUAGUACUUAUGGUGCAUUACCACCGGCUCUACUUGCCUCGCCACGGUUUAAGUAGCGUUUCCACUAGCAUAGUACCUGCUACCAGGUACUAAAUAUAGUACCUGCUGCCAGGUACUAUAUUUAGUACCUAGCCAGUGGAAAUACACCGUUAACUUUCUCUCAUAGCAAACACAGUCCAAACAUGAAUUUAGACCAUAAGAAUGAACCGGCUGCUGAAUGUGUUCUGUCACUUUCUCUCACUGUAAAUGUCGUAAUGACAUCAUUUGGUCAACACCAAGUUUGGUACCAUCGCUGGUUGUGGGACAUGUAUUAGGCAGGAUUAGGUUUAGGGCGCCGGGUUAGUGUUUCAUCACAGAUGUGUGCAUGCUGAUGACUGUUAGAUCUCAAAUGGUGACAAAGUCGGGACGUUUUGCCCUCUGUUGUUGUGAUUGACUGUUUUUUUUUCUUAAAGAUUUUCUGCAGACUUCCAUCACAUAUUGUUUAUGUUGAAAGGAUUAAAUUAGAAGGGUUCACAUAGAUAAACCUGUCAAGUUUGACCUGUAAUCUUAUUUUUGACUUAUAGUAUUUAAAUGUUGUUCACUGAAAUGACCUCUGUAGUUUGGGGUGGUUCAUGAAGGUGGAGAAGUUUUAGCUGUGUUGAAGGAAGGUGAUGACAAACCACCGCGUUAGAUAACUUCGUAACCCGAUGAAGAGAAAUGAGAAUAAGAGGCGACUGUAGAUGAGAGGAUAAGAAGAUCUGUGGUGGAGGGCUUCAGGCAGUGGUUGGGGGGGAUGUGGGGGCUUAUUGUGCCUCUCAGUGUGCAGCCUGCCAGAAAUUAUUUGCGGAAGAAGAGGAAGCUUUGAGCUAAAUUGUAUUAAAUAACUUCAAGCUGUGAUAAAGAGCUUUGAACUGUGAUUUAAACAUGGAACUGUGGGGGGCAGCAUUACACCUCUGUGUACAGCCUGUCAGAAAUCCAUUUAAGAUCAAAGUAAAGAUCACAUCUGUCUGUGACAUUAUUGUCAACUAUGUUUUCCUUCAAAAGUAAAUUCUAGAUGAAUGACAUUUGAAAUAGCCCUUUAACUGUUUCCAAAUCUGAAAACAAAAACAUGAUGUUUGAACUCAAAAGCAAAGUGGCCGUUAUAUACUGUAUCUUUAAAAAGUAGCUCAGUUAAACAGGAUUAUUCUCUUGGAUUAUGUGGCGUGGUGAGUGAUGUGCAUCCACAUGAACUUUCUGCAGUCGAUUCAGAUCAGAGUAACAAUGUUAUCUCUCGUGUUCCUGCCUCUGCAACACAACUGGCCUUAUUCAUAGGAGCCAUUGUAACAAUACAUCAGUGGAAAAGCACAGGGUUUACUGAUGGCAUCAGUGAUGGAGAGUGCAGCCUGAAACUGAGUAAGCUAAAUGGAACUCAGCCAUCAAUUAUUUCAUUUGUAAAAGUACGAGCCAACUCUGGAGUUACACGUCAAUGUGAGCACAACAUUUCAUCUGUAAAUUCUCCACCGCUGUCGGAACUUCCACGUCUUUAUGAAGCAGUGUUUCUCAAACCUGGUCCUCAGGGAACACGGCCCUGCUCAUUUUCUUGUGCUGUUAUUUGUAGUUUUAUUUAUUGGUUGAUGAGCGAGAAUCAUGGUUCUGUUCACAGAAAAUGUUAGUGUAUGUUGAAAUGAUUUAAACUCUGCCGGUCAAUAAAGCUGCUCCUGUUUUGCCUCUGUUA